CCCAGCAUUGCCUGAUCCUUCUGCCCACUGCGAGCAGGACCGGGGGGCAGGUGUUGCCUCUGGAGGUCAGGGAAGGCACUUGAGGCCAUGAAGACACAGAUCAAAAUCAUACAGCAGAAGGUGCCGGUUACAUUCCAGGAUGUGGCUGUGGUCUUCACAGAUUCAGAAUGGAAGGGACUGAGCUCUGAGCAGAGGAACCUACACAAAGAAGUGAUGCUGGAGAAUUACAGAUAUCUGCUCUGUUGGACCGUGGGCAAGAGCAGCAAGAUGCUCCAGCACAUCGACUACAGGAUGAGGUGCAUCCUGCAAGACGGCCGCAUCUUCAUUGGCACCUUCAAGGCUUUUGACAAGCACAUGAACUUGAUCCUCUGUGACUGUGAUGAGUUCAGGAAGAUCAAGCCAAAGAACUCAAAGCAAGCAGAAAGAGAAGAGAAGCGAGUCCUCGGUCUGGUGCUGCUUCGCGGAGAGAACCUAGUCUCCAUGACUGUAGAGGGACCUCCUCCCAAAGAUACUGGCAUUGCCCGAGUGCCACUUGCUGGAGCUGCCGGGGGCCCAGGGAUUGGCAGGGCGGCCGGCAGAGGAAUCCCAGCUGGUGUUCCAAUGCCGCAGGCUCCUGCAGGACUUGCCGGGCCAGUCCGAGGGGUUGGUGGGCCGUCGCAACAGGUGAUGACCCCGCAAGGAAGAGGCACUGUGGCUGCUGCUGCUGCCGCCGCCACAGCCAGUAUUGCAGGGGCCCCAACCCAGUAUCCACCCGGCCGUGGGGGUCCUCCCCCACCUAUGGGCCGAGGGGCACCCCCUCCAGGCAUGAUGGGCCCACCACCUGGCAUGAGGCCUCCCAUGGGUCCCCCGAUGGGGAUCCCCCCUGGACGGGGAACUCCGAUGGGCAUGCCCCCUCCGGGGAUGCGGCCCCCUCCCCCGGGGAUGCGAGGCCUUCUUUGACCCUUGGCCACAGAGUUACGGAAGUAGCUCCACAGAGGCGUGGGCCCGAUUACCACAGACCUGUUUGUUUGUUAUGCCGUUGUUCUCGGAGUCUCACGGGAUUGUCUGGUUUCCCUUUCAGGGCCCCCUCCCCCGGGAAUGCGCCCACCAAGGCCCUAGACUCAUCUUGGCCCUCCUCAGCUCCCUGCCUGUUUCCCGUAAGGCUGUACAUAGUCCUUUUACUUCCUUGUGGCCUGUGAAACUAGUUUAUAAUAAACUCUUAAGAAUAUUA